CAACAGCCCACACUACAUAGACCGAUCUAUAACUCGGUUCACUUCAGACAGAUCAUUACACUAAAAAAAUAAAAAUAUAUAAAUAUAAAAAAAUGCCUUCUAUGAGCGAGGCGGAAGCCAGAUGGCGCGAGCAGUUUGCCGCCAUGAAAACCGCCCUCGAAAAUUUAAAGCUACCUGAAAAGAAGCAACCCAUCGAACCAGAAUUCGACCUAGACUUCGAUCUUGACGAUGAAGGUUUCACCUCUGGCAACAGCGGUGAUGACGUCUGGGACUUCAUAGACGAUAGCGAGGAAGACUUGUACAGCAGCGAUUUCGCUGAGGAAUCCAAUGCCCAGGUCGACGGUGGAAGCUCAGGUUUGGCUUGGUUUGCAGAGCAGUGUUCGACUAUCGCUUCUAAGAACGGAUUAUCGCCGGACGUCUUCCAAUCACAGAUUCUGGAAAUUCUAGCAUCUCAGCGAUCUGAGGAUGACUUGCAGUCUUCACUAACUGAUCUUGUUGGAUUUGACGACUUCGACUUUAUCAUUGAAGUGCUAUCUCGUAGGCAUGAAAUUACUUCAAGCUUCACUUCACAGGAGGCACAAAGGUCAACAGGGCGACUCUUAACCAAAGCCGAGAGAGAAAAGGCCCUUCAGCAAAGAGAUUUCGAACAUAAGAAUGCUACUCUGGCCCCUAGCAUGCAUAAGGAGACGCAAUACCCGCAUAUAUACAAAUCAUAUAAUGCGGGAAACACCUUAAGCCAUACUGGAAGCAAGUAUGGUAUGCCAGAUGGUACCGAGCGUAAGCUACACGACAAGUAUGAGGAGUUUAUAGUUCCUGCUGGGAAACCCGGCACGCUUCUUCCUGGGCAGAAGCUCGUGAAGAUAGCAGACAUGGAUGGCCUUUGCCGGCGAACAUUCAAAGGCUACAAGACACUGAACAGGAUGCAAAGCCUGGUCUAUCCGGUAGCCUACAAAACCAGCGAGAACAUGUUGAUCUGCGCUCCUACUGGUGCAGGUAAGACAGAUGCGGCCAUGCUAACGAUACUACAAACGAUCACCCAGUACGUAACGCCAAAUCCUAUCGAGAACACAGAAGCAACGGAGUUUGCUGUUAAUGCCCAGGAUUUCAAAAUCGUUUAUGUUGCUCCCAUGAAGGCCCUUGCUGCGGAGAUUACCGAGAAGCUGGGUAAGCGUCUCGCGUGGCUUGGUAUACGCUGUCGCGAAUAUACGGGAGAUAUGCACCUUACCAAAUCCGAAAUUGUGCAAACGCAAAUCAUCGUCACCACGCCCGAGAAGUGGGAUGUUGUUACAAGAAAGGGUACCGGGGAUACCGAGCUCGUCCAAAAGGUUAGGUUGCUUAUCAUUGAUGAAGUCCACAUGCUUCACGACGAGCGAGGUGCUGUCUUAGAGUCUUUGGUAGCGCGGACGGAACGACAGGUCGAGAGCACACAAUCCCUGAUUCGUAUUGUUGGACUUAGUGCAACCCUUCCCAAUUAUGUCGACGUUGCCGACUUCCUCAAGGUCAAUAGAUAUGCUGGGCUUUUUUACUUUGACGGCUCUUUCCGUCCAGUUCCUCUCGAGCAGCAUUUCAUCGGUGUCAAAGGCAAGGCCGGCUCAAGGCAGUCCAGGGAUAACCUUGACACUGUAGCUUUUGAGAAGGUUAAAGACAUGCUAAUAGAAGGCCAUCAAGUUAUGGUGUUUGUCCAUUCUAGAAGAGAUACUCUUCUUACUGCCAAGAUGCUUCACAAAAAAGCUACCGAGGACAACUGUGCUGACCUCUUCGAUCCCGCCGGGCAUCCGUACUUUGAUCAAGCCGUCAGGGACAUGAAAUCUUCAAAGGCACGUGAGCUCAGAGACCUUGUACCCAAGGGCCUAGGUGUGCACCAUGCUGGUCUGACCCGAUCCGAUAGGAAUCUCAUGGAGAGACUCUUUGCCGAGGGCGUCAUGAAAGUACUCUGCUGUACGGCAACACUCGCUUGGGGUGUUAACUUGCCGGCCGCGGCAGUUGUCAUCAAGGGAACCCAGGUCUAUAGCGCACAGGAUGGAAAGUUCAUCGACCUGGGUAUCCUCGACGUUCUUCAGAUCUUCGGCCGUGCUGGACGACCUCAGUUUGAAGACACUGGAAUUGGCAUGAUUUGCACGACUCAAGACAAGCUGGAUCAUUAUCGGCGCUCAGUCACCGCCCAGCAACCUAUCGAGUCAAAAUUCUCUUCCAAAUUAGUCGACAACCUUAAUGCUGAGAUUGCUUUAGGUACUGUUACCUCCAUCCCAGAAGCAGUGCAGUGGAUCGGCUAUUCUUAUCUCUUCGUUCGGAUGCUAAGAAGCCCCAUGACCUACGGGAUCGAAUGGGCUGAGAUCAGAGAUGACCCAAAUCUCGUCCAAAGGCGACGGCAGCUUGCUAUCCAAGCUGCGAGAGUUUUACAGCAAAGCCAAAUGAUUAUCUUCAAUGAGGUUACCGAAGAGCUAAGAAGCAAAGAUAUCGGCCGCAUUGCUAGCCAAUACUACAUCCAGCAAUCAAGUAUACAAAUCUUCAACUCGUUAAUGAAACCUCAGGCAACAGAGGCAGACAACUUAAAGAUGAUCAGCGAGAGUGGAGAAUUUGAUAACAUACAGUCUAGAGACAACGAAGCCGACGAAUUGACUAGGUUGAGGCAUGACGAAAACGUGGUAUUCUGCGAUCCUGGCCGUGGAAUUGACACGCCCCAAGCCAAGACGAAUAUUUUGCUUCAGUCGUACAUCUCUCGAGUACAACCGGAAGACUUUGCAUUAUCGAACGAUCUAAACUAUGUAGCUCAACAAUCCGGACGAAUUUGUCGCGCCUUAUUCCAGAUUGCGUUGAAUCGACGAUGGGGUCAUCAAUGUCUAGUUCUACUAACGCUGGCAAAGUCCAUCGAGAAACGUGUUUGGCCGUUUCAGCAUCCAUUACAUCAAUUCGACUUGCCUAAGUCGGUGUUGAAUCAAAUCGAUGAGAAGGACGUUUCUAUCGAAGUCCUACGUGAUAUGGAGAACGCCGAAAUUGGUAACCUAGUUCAUAAUAACAAUGCCGGCAAGAAGAUAGGGAAGAUUCUUGACCAUUUUCCGAUCGUAUCGGUAGAAGCCGAGAUUGCUCCCUUGAACCGAGAUGUCCUAAGGGUUAAGCUUUUCAUCACGCCGGAAUUCACCUGGAGCGACCAAAUACACGGAACGUCUGAAUCUUUCUAUAUCUGGGUUGAGAAUUCCGAGACGUCUGAGAUUUACCACCACGAGUUCUUCAUACUUAACAGGAAGAAGCUCUAUGAUGACCACGAAUUGAACUUUACAAUUCCUCUAUCAGACCCUCUACCGAACCAGAUAUACGUUAGGGCAGUGUCGGAUAAAUGGCUUGGAGCAGAGACGGUAAACCCGGUCUCUUUCCAGCAUCUUAUUCGCCCAGACACGGAGAGCGUGUACACCGAUCUACUCAACCUUCAACCACUGCCUAUUAGUGCUCUUAAAAAUGCAGCUUUGGAGGAGAUCUACGCGAAGAGGUUCCAAUACUUCAACCCAAUGCAAACGCAGAUAUUCCACACAUUGUAUCACACGCCAGCCAAUGUCUUAUUAGGAUCCCCCACUGGUAGUGGUAAGACUGUCGCAGCAGAGUUGGCUAUGUGGUGGGCAUUCCGCGAGCGCCCAGGCUCCAAGGUCGUGUAUAUCGCCCCGAUGAAAGCUCUAGUUCGCGAGCGAGUAAAGGAUUGGGGCGCUCGACUAGCUGGACCACUGGGUCUUAAGUUGGUUGAGUUGACGGGUGAUAACACGCCAGAUACGAGGACGAUUAAAGACGCCGAUGUUAUUAUCACUACACCUGAGAAGUGGGAUGGUAUCUCUCGUAGCUGGCAAACCAGAGGAUACGUCCGUCAAGUUUCACUUGUAAUCAUUGACGAAAUCCACCUGCUUGCCGGAGACCGAGGUCCAAUUCUGGAGAUUAUCGUGUCUCGUAUGAAUUAUAUCGCACAAUCUACCAAGAAUGCCGUGAGGCUUCUCGGGAUGUCCACCGCCUGCGCGAACGCGACAGACUUGGCGAAUUGGCUUGGAGUAAAGGAAGGUCUGUUCAAUUUCCGUCACUCUGUACGACCGGUACCAUUGGAACUAUACAUCGACGGGUUCCCGGAAGUAAGAGGGUUCUGCCCCUUGAUGCAAUCUAUGAACCGACCAACUUUCCUGGCCAUCAAGACUCACAGUCCUGAUAAACCUGUAAUUGUCUUCGUGCCAUCACGACGGCAGACCAGAUUAACUGCGAAGGAUUUGAUCAACUACUGUGGCAUGGAAGACAAUCCCAGGCGUUUCGUCAAUAUGUCGGAGGAGGAUCUUCAGCUUAACCUGAGCAGGGUUAAAGAUGAUGCACUCAAAGAGGCCAUAAACUUUGGGAUCGGGCUUCACCACGCAGGUCUCGUUGAAUCUGAUCGGCAACUGGCGGAAGAACUCUUUCUUAACAACAAAAUCCAGAUUCUAGUUGCAACAAGCACAUUGGCUUGGGGUGUUAACCUUCCUGCCCAUCUUGUUGUAGUUAAAGGCACCCAAUUCUACGACGCAAAGAUCGAAGGCUAUAAAGAUAUGGAUCUCACAGAUGUUCUGCAAAUGUUAGGUCGAGCUGGUCGCCCGCAAUUUGACAAUUCUGGCGUGGCGCGCAUUUUCACCCAAGACGCGAAGAAAGAUUUCUAUAAGCACUUCUUACAUACUGGAUUCCCGGUUGAAUCAUCAUUACACACGGUCCUCGACAACCAUUUGGGUGCUGAAAUAUCGGCUGAAACGAUCACAACUAAGCAGGACGCACUCGAUUAUUUAACUUGGACCUUCUUCUUCCGCCGGCUUCACAAGAACCCUUCGUACUAUGGACUUGAGAUUUCUUCCGAGGAGCACAACACCAUUGCCGCCCAGCAACUUGCCAACGAUUUUAUGAUUGAUAUGGUCAACAAGUCGUUGGAUGAACUUGCGGCUUCGAAGUGCGUUGAGCUAUAUCCCAAUGGAGAUGUAGACCCAACACCACUGGGUAAGAUCAUGAGUUACUACUAUUUGUCGCACAAGACUAUCCGCCAUCUCGUCAAGAAUACAAAGCCAAAAGCAAGCUUUUUAGACGUCUUGUCCUGGAUGUCCCGCGCGACGGAAUACGAUGAACUCCCUGUUCGACACAACGAAGAUCUUAUUAAUGCGGAGCUCUCGAAGAAUCUCCCUUUCGAAGGUAGCAGUUUUGACUUGCCGAUGUGGGAUCCUCACGUCAAAGCCUUCCUCCUUCUACAAGCACACAUGGCACGUAUUGAUCUUCCCAUCACCGAUUACGUCGGUGACCAGACGAGCGUCUUGGACCAAGCCAUUCGUAUCAUACAAGCCUCAAUCGAUGUGUUGACAGAGCUAGGAUACCUGUCCAGCUGUCUCGAGAUGAUCAAGCUGCUCCAGUGUGUCAAGUCAGCUCGUUGGCCACAAGAUCCACCCUUGUCUAUUCUACCAGGGACCAGCGACGAUAACUUGAGCAAUAAUAAGACUACCCUCCAGAAGCUAAGCAGCCUCCCCAGAGCACAGGUCGAGGAUCUUGCUCAGAAACUUCAUAUUCCGAGUUCGCAGCAAAGCCGCUUCGUCCGCGCGGCAUCCAUCUUGCCCAACGUUAACGUCAAGGUUGAAGACGUCACAGCGCAGUCCCUCAGCGUCUCCCUCAAGCGUCUCAACCCCGUCGUCGAACGUGAGGCCCGCAUCUACGCGCCGCGGUACCCGAAGCCCCAGACGGAGAGCUGGUUCGCCAUCGUCUGCGACGUCGCGCGGGACGAGGUCCUAGGCGUGAAGCGCGUCUCCUGGAGCCAGGGGCAAAACUCCAACUCCAACUCCAAGUCUAAAUCCAAAUCUCACGCCCAAUCCAACGCCGACGCUAAACCCAACACUAUACAACCCGGCUCGAAGCCGACGGCUAAAACCACGCUCCGACUCCCCGACCCCGAUAAGGACGGCAAGGCGAGGAAAGUCGAUGUCCUGGUCCUGAGCGACGCGUAUAUAGGCCUCGAGUACAGAGUUAUGGGCGUGGAGAUCCCGGCCCUGCCGAAGGUCGAUGAUGAUGUUGAUAAGUCGAAGAAAGGGUGGCAGGGACAGGAGCAAGGGCAGGGGAGCUCGGUGUAGAAGGGUUAGCUAGCUAAUAUAUGCAAAGGGAUGAUGGGGGUAUUAUGAAAUACGUUGUGCAUAUAGAGAUUGGCUUGAAUUAUUGGUCAUUGCAAAAUGUAAAUACAUACAUGCCUAGAAUAUCCCGGGUAAUUCACAAAGGGAAUUGUUAUAUGUAAGCUCUGCUAUAGUCCUGAUAUUCUAGUCGU